AUGUACAUCCGUAAAUGUGAACGCAGGGCUAUUUACAGAGCACUGUUCGAAAAUGGUGUCUUGGUGGCCUUUAAAGACCAUCAUCCGAAGCGUAUGCACCGCGAGCUGAAGUGGGUUCCAAACCUGCAUGUUAUAAAGAUAAUGCAGUCGCUUCUUUCGCGUAAGCUCGUGACGGAAAUUUAUUCGUGGAACUGGUAUUACUGGACGCUGACCAACGACGGUAUCAUCUAUCUGCGUACCUAUCUGCACAUUUCCGAUCACUUGCUUCCGUCGACGCUGAUCAGUCGAGUCCGAGUCGUGCCGAUUGUUGUGCCAAAGGAUGGCGGCUUUCCCGAUCCGCGCAGCGCUGACGACCGUGGAAUUUUUCGUCGUUUGGGACCGAAGGAGGGAUCUUCCCACAAGCGGGAUAAUGUCGGUCCUGGCACCGACAAUUUAGAAUUCCGUGGUGGAUUUGGACGUAUGGCGUAA